AUCUGGGACCUGGCCAGUGGUAAGCUAAAGCUCUCCUUAACGGGACACAUCAGCACGGUGCGCGGCGUGGCCGUGAGCACCAGGAGCCCCUACCUGUUCUCCUGCGGUGAAGACAAGCAGGUCAAGUGCUGGGAUCUGGAGUACAACAAGGUGAUUAGGCACUACCACGGCCACCUCAGCGCCGUGUACGACUUGGACCUGCACCCAACCAUCGACGUGCUGGUCACAUGCAGUCGAGAUGCCACAGCCAGGGUGUGGGAUAUCAGGAGCAAAGCCAACGUGCACACCCUGUCCGGACACACCAACACAGUGGCCACAGUCAGAUGCCAGGCCGCCGAACCUCAGAUCAUCACCGGGAGCCACGACUCCACCAUCAGGCUAUGGGAUCUGAUAGCUGGGAAGACCAGAGCCACACUCACCAACCACAAGAAGUCUGUCAGAGCACUGGCCCUACAUCCCAGACAGUAUACCUUAGCCUCUGGCUCUGCCGACAACAUCAAGCAGUGGACGUUCCCCGACGGCAACUUCAUCCAGAACCUCUCUGGACACAACGCCAUCAUCAACGCAAUGGCGGUCAACUCAGACGGCGUGCUGGUAUCAGGAGCUGACAACGGCACCAUUCACCUGUGGGACUGGCGGACAGGCUACAACUUCCAGCGUAUCCACGCUGCCGUGCAGCCCGGCUCGCUGGACAGCGAAUCGGGAAUCUUCGCCUGCAUGUUCGACCACUCAGAGAGCAGGCUGAUCACGGCCGAGGCCGACAAGACCAUCAAGGUGUACAAAGAGGACGACACCGCGACUGAAGAAAGCCACCCAAUCAUGAAACCGGAGAUCCUCAAGAGGAAAGAUUCCAUGUUUGCUGCCACCCCUUGA